AGUUGCCCUGUCAGUGCAGGUGGAGGCCCCCGGCGGGGCAAAGUAGCAGGAACCUCUUAAAGGGCGAGAGUGGCGGAGGGCGAGAACGCGGCCCGGCCUGGCCCAGCCAGGUCUCCGCCCCAUCCGGCCCAGAGAAGAGUUUAGUGGCUGAGGCUGAAAGUCCACAGCAGCAACAACAGAAGGAAGAGGGUGAGGGAGCCACAAACUCGGGUCAACAGGAAACUCAGCUGGAAGAGGCUUCUCAACCAGCAGCCGAGGGAGAUAAUCAGUGUGAGCAGAAGCUGAAAACAUCUAAUGGAGACACUCCAACACAUGAAGAUUUGACCAAGAACAAGGAGCGGACAUCAGAAAACAGGGGCCUGUCACGGCUGUUCUCCUCAUUUCUCAAAAGGCCUAAGUCUCAGGUCUCUGAGGAGGAAGACAAAGAAGUAGAGUCAGUGAAAGAGAAAGGUGAAGGUCAUAAAGAGAUAGAAUUUGGAGCCAGUCUUGACGAAGAGAUCAUUUUAAAGGCCCCGAUUGCAGCUCCUGAGCCUGAGCUGAAAACUGACCCAUCCUUGGAUCUUCAUUCAUUAAGCAGUGCAGAAACACAGCCUGCUCAGGAAGAACACAGAGAAGAUCCUGAUUUUCAGACUGAGGAAGGAGGAGGACUUGAAGACUGCUCUAAAAUAGAAGUAAAAGAAGACAGUCCUGAAUCAAUAGCAGAAAGAGAAUUAAAAGCUUCCCAGAAAUUGAUCAGAAGACACAGAAACAUGCAUUGCAAGGUUUCUUUGUUGGAUGACACAGUUUAUGAAUGUGUUGUGGAGAAACAUGCUAAGGGACAAGAUUUACUUAAACGAGUAUGUGAACACCUCAAUCUUUUGGAAGAAGACUACUUUGGUCUAGCCAUUUGGGAUAAUGCAACCUCUAAGACAUGGCUGGAUUCUGCCAAAGAAAUAAAAAAGCAGGUUCGUGGUGUCCCUUGGAAUUUCACAUUUAAUGUAAAGUUUUAUCCACCUGACCCAGCACAGUUAACAGAAGAUAUAACAAGGUAUUAUUUAUGUCUUCAACUUCGGCAGGACAUAGUUGCAGGACGUCUGCCCUGUUCAUUUGCAACCUUAGCAUUAUUAGGUUCUUAUACCAUCCAGUCUGAGCUGGGAGACUAUGACCCAGAACUCCAUGGUGCAGAUUAUGUUAGCGAUUUUAAACUGGCCCCAAAUCAGACCAAGGAACUUGAAGAGAAGGUCAUGGAACUGCAUAAGUCAUACAGGUCCAUGACUCCAGCUCAGGCUGACCUGGAAUUUCUUGAGAAUGCCAAAAAGUUGUCUAUGUAUGGUGUUGACCUUCAUAAAGCAAAGGACUUGGAGGGAGUGGAUAUCAUCCUAGGUGUCUGCUCUAGUGGCCUUCUGGUUUACAAAGAUAAGCUGAGAAUUAACCGCUUUCCUUGGCCCAAAGUGCUGAAGAUUUCUUACAAACGUAGCAGCUUUUUCAUUAAGAUUCGGCCUGGAGAGCAAGAACAGUAUGAAAGUACCAUCGGAUUCAAACUUCCCAGUUACCGAGCAGCUAAGAAAUUAUGGAAAGUCUGUGUAGAGCAUCACACAUUUUUCAGACUGACAUCUGCAGACACCAUUCCUAAAAGCAAAUUUCUUGCCCUGGGAUCCAAAUUUCGAUACAGUGGCCGAACUCAGGCUCAGACCAGGCAAGCUAGUGCUCUGAUUGACAGGCCUGCCCCACACUUUGAGCGUACAGCAAGCAAACGGGCAUCCCGAAGCCUUGAUGGAGCAGCAGCCAUUGAUUCAGCAGACCGAAGUCCUCGGCCCACCUCUGCACCGGCCAUUGCUCAGAGUCAGGCCGCAGAAGGCAGCGUCCCAGGUGCACCUGUUAAAAAAGCAGUGGUUUCUAAAGCACCGAAGGAAACAGUGCAGGUUGAAGUCAAAAAGGAAGAAGUCCCACCUGAGCAACCUGAGCCAGAGCUCACAGAAGUGUGGAAGGUGGAAAAAACCCACAUCGAGGUCACAGUACCCACCUCAAAUGGUGACCAAACACAGAAGCUUGCAGAAAAUACUGAAGAUCUGAUAAGAAUGAGGAAGAAAAAGAGAGAGAGACUAGAUGGUGAAAACAUUUAUAUCAGACAUAGCAAUUUAAUGUUGGAGGAUUUAGACAAAAGUCAAGAAGAGAUCAAAAAACAUCAUGCCAGCAUCAGUGAGCUGAAAAAGAACUUCAUGGAAUCUGUACCAGAACCACAGCCUAGUGAAUGGGAUAAACGCUUAUCCACUCACUCUCCCUUUCGAACACUUAACAUCAAUGGGCAAAUCCCUACAGGAGAAGGAAAUAUAAAUGGCAUUCGCACAGAGGAGGUGGCUGCCAUGACCAAGGGGCCAUCUACCAACCCUGACUCUGAAUGGGAGGGCCCCAAGCAUUCAGUAAUUCCUAGUAAGAGCCAAAUGACUACCCCGUUGGAGUCUCCACAAAACUUUGACUUUGGCUCCCUCUCCAUAAGCAGCAAGGAGACAGAAGAGAAGGAGCAGGGGGCAACUGCCUAUCUUGAUAUUAAGGAAAUGUCGAGAGGUCCAAGUGGGGAAUGUGUAGGAGUGGAGGAACAGGCCAGUGCCUUAAAGUCCUCAAUAUCACCAGCUUCCUCUGAGCUGCAACUUGCUGAAAAAAAAGCAGAGAGUAGUGAAGAACAUGUUAUACCAGGAGAGCCUGUUGGAGAGCAAAAUGGAUCAUUUCUUGACUCUCAUGUGGGUAACCAGUUCCCCACCCUCAUUCGAAGUUUCCAGCCUCCCCUGGUGAAGACUCAGACUGUCACCAUCUCAGACACUGCCAAUGCUGUGAAAAGUGAAAUUCCAACCAAAGACGUCCCUAUAGUCCACACCGAGACCAAGACCAUCACUUAUGAGGCUGCCCAGACUGAUGACAGCAACGGGGACAUGGACCCAGGAGUCUUGCUGACAGCUCAGACCAUCACAUCUGAGACCACCAGCAGCACCACCACGACUCAAAUUACCAAGACUGUAAAAGGUGGGAUUUCAGAGACCCGGAUUGAAAAGAGAAUUGUGAUCACAGGAGAUGCCGAUAUUGACCAUGAUCAGGUCCUCGUACAGGCCAUCAAGGAGGCAAAGGAGCAGCACCCAGACAUGUCAGUGACCAAGGUGGUUGUCCAUCAGGAAACCGAAAUCUCUGAGGAGUGAGCUCAGGAACUGUCCUACCCUCCCCGCUCCCCCGACUCCCUGCCCAUCUCGCGUCCCAGAGAAAACCAGCAGAAUGAUAAAGAAGCUAACCUGCAAUAGUCAGACUUCAGACUUUGAAGAUGAUUGACUCUAAACCACCAGAAAAGCAAUUUCAUUUUCUAUUUGGAGUUUAUACCAGGAAAGUCUUCUAGAUAUCACUGAUCCUUUUGAAUACAUUUUUCUAUAUUGUGAUACCAGAAAUUGUUCAACUUUUCACUCUUUGGACUGUU